AUGACGAUGCCGCUCAGCCCCCUCUCCAGCGACGAGGAGCACCAAAGGAUGCUGGGAAACAGUCAACACCUUUAUCCAGGGGCGGAAGAGGAAGAGGAGGAGGAGGAAGAGGAAAUGGAUGAUGACGGCGUGGGCGAGGAAGGCGAGGAGGAGAAUGGAGAGCUGGAGUUGGAUGACGAAGAGGAUGUGGACGAUGAAGAUGACAUCAGGCGAGGACCAGGGCGUUUGAGAGGAGGCAGGGAAGAGGGGCACAGGCAAAAAGGCACAAUGGCUGGACGACUUCCAGGAGACAGGCCGCUACGUCCCGGCAACCCAGGCCACACGGCCAACCCAUAUUCGUCCAACCCUGGACCCACCCACCAAACGCAGACUAAUCAGCAACAGCAGCGGAAGCUACGAGAGCGAAGCUCAAGCAACGCACCUGACGACACACACAUAGCUAUGAUGGUCUUUCGGAUUGGCAUUCCUGAUAUCAAACAGACGAAGUGUCUGAGGUUCAACCCUGAUGCAACCGUAUGGAAGGCAAAGCAGCAGGUGCUGUGUAGUCUGACUGAAUCUCUGAGGGAUGUAUUAAACUAUGGCCUCUUCCAACCUGCUACUGAUGGGCACGAUGCCAAGUUCCUGGAGGAAGAGAGGCCGCUCCGCGAAUACCCACAAUCCUUUGAGAAAGGAGUACCCUAUCUGGAGUUCCGCUACAAAACCAGGGUGUACAAACAGACAAAUCUAGAUGAAAAACAGCUGGGGAAACUACACACAAAGGCCAGUCUUAAGAAGUUCAUGGAAUACAUCCAGGCUGGGGCUGUGGAAAAGGUAGCCAAACUUAUAGACAAAGGACUUGACCCCAACUACCAUGACCCUGAGACAGGAGAGACCCCACUCACUCUGGCUGUACAGACGGAGCCGGGUGGAGGGGAGAUCAUCAGGGUGCUGGUGAUGGGGGGAGCACACAUUGACUUUAGGGCAAAGGAUGGCUUGACCCCUCUCCACAAAGCUGUCAGAACACAUGCGCACACUGCCCUACUGACGCUGUUGUCUUUGGAGGCAUCUCCUGAUUAUAAAGACAGCCGUGGGUUGACACCACUUUACCACACUGUGCUGAUAGGGGGCGACACCUCCUGCUGCGAGACCCUCCUCUACCACAGAGCCAAGCUGGGGCUCCGCGAUGAGAAUGGAUGGGACGAGACCCAUCAGGCUUGUCAAAAUGGGAAUUCUCAACACUUAGAGCACCUGCUUUUUUAUGGUGCAGACUCCUCAUCCCAAAAUGCCUCAGGAAACACUGCCCUGCACAUAUCUGCUUUAUAUAACAAGGAGAGUUGUGCCCGCAUUCUGCUGUAUCGAGGAGCCAAUAAGGACACAAAGAAUAACAGCGGGCAGACCUCCUUCCAGGUGGCUGUGAUGUCUGGCCAUUUUGAGCUGGGAGAAAUCAUUAAAAACCAUCGUGAAUCAGACGUAGUUCCCUUUUUGGAGUCUCCAAAGUAUGCCCCCCAGAGAAGGGAGAGUUCUCGUACUCUUGGAUUGCCCCAUCCUCAUCCCUUCUUGCGGGCCAACAGUGACAACAGCAUGAAUGUGCCAGACUGGAUCGCUUUUCCCAAUGCUGCUGGAUCAAGCCUUGUCUCCGUGCAAGGUCUAAAGCAUGGUGGCACCUUGCGUAGCUCCAGCAGUCCCCGUGGAGUCCGAACCCGUUCCCCGUCCCGUGGCCGAACAGGCGACCGAGACGAUCGGAGCCGGCAAACACGGGGAAGACAAGGGGUGGGCUCUAUCAGUAGUCAGGGCACAGCAAGCGGGCAGCGGCGGCGUCUCUACAGUGCCGUGCCUGGCCGUGUGUUUGUGGCCACCCGCUCACACUCCGCCCUGGGGGACCGCGAGAUCAGCUUCAACAAGGGAGACAAAGUCAAAGUGUUGAGUGUGGGUGAAGGAGGCUACUGGGAGGGGACGGUUCGAGGGCGCACGGGCUGGUUCCCCUCUGACUGCGUAGAGGAGGUGGCUCUCCGGAGCCUGGAGCCUCGUUCAGAGAGCCGCAGUGACAGAGCCAAGCGACUCUUCCGACAUUACACUGUUGGAUCCUACGACAGCUUUGAUGCGCCCAGUGACUACAUAAUCAAGGAGAAGACAGUCCUCCUGCAAAAAAAAGACAAUGAAGGUUUUGGCUUUGUGCUGAGAGGAGCCAAGGCUCAGACCCCUAUAGAAGAGUUCACUCCCACCCCAGCCUUUCCAGCACUGCAGUACCUUGAGUCUGUCGACGAGGGAGGUGUGGCUUGGAGAGCUGGUCUGCGAAUGGGAGACUUCCUUAUCGAGGUGAAUGGUCAGAAUGUGGUUAAGGUGGGACACAGGCAGGUGGUCAAUAUGAUCAGACAAGGCGGCAACAGCCUCAUGGUCAAGGUUGUCAUGGUUACACGAAACCCUGAUAUGGAGGAAGGGGUCAGAAAGAAAAUCCCACAGCAGAGUAAAAGGCUGAACACACCAGCUAUCGCUCUGCGCUCCAAAUCCAUGACAUCAGAACUGGAAGAGAUGGUGGACAGAGCCUCUGCCCCUUGGAAAAAAAAAUCAGAGUUUGAGUCUUCACAAGCUACAGAGAAGAAGAGGACAGUUUAUCAGAUGGCUUUGAAUAAACUGGAUGAGAUUUUAGCAGCAGCACAGCAGACUAUCAAUACCAAUGAGGCCCCAGGGCCCCGAGUACAAGGGGUAAAAAGAGAACGGGGCAGAGGCUUUUAUAAUGAGCCAAGUUUCGACCAAGUGGGAAUUGGGAUGACAUCAUCUGGGGCAGGGUUAGGAUAUGACCGUGGUCAGUUUAUGUCUGGCCAUGGCCCCCCGCACGGUAUGCUGCGACAGAAGUCCAUCGGUGUUCCAGAGGAGGAGAAGCAGUUACUUCAUCCUCCAGCCAUGAAGUUUGCCCGCAGUCUUUCAGUACCUGGCCCAGAUGACAUCCCUCCUCCACCUACUACAGCUCCCCCUGAGCCCCCUUUCUCCUCAGCUCCCCCUCUUGGCUUUAGGGGCAAGACAUCCCAGCAGCCAUCUGUUUCUGUAUCCCAAACCACUUCCUCUUCUGCAAAUUUUCAGCUCUACUCACAGUCAGUGUCUGUCACUCAUGGCCCCAGAGACAGGUCCCCUGGACCACCUGCUGGGUCUGGAACUGGGGACCUCUCUUACUCCCAUGCUCACGCCCACCCCUCUGUGCCAAGCAGGACUGCAUCCAGGAAGGUGAUUGGGUACACAGGGGACCUUGCAGGGGCUGGAGGAGCACCAGGGGUAAAGGCUGCAGCAUUGAGAAGGGGCUAUAGCAAUGCAGUACCACCCACUAGCGUUGCUACUGUUAUUCCCCAACAGCAGCAGACUACUCAGAGCCAACCUUCCAGGGUGGACCGCAGUGUGAUAGGGGCAGGAGCAGGGGCAGGUGGUGUGCCGAAAGGUGGUGCCCGGAGAGGGAAGGGGCCCUUGGUGAAGCAGUCAAAGGUGGAGGAUUUGCGCCAGGGCCAGGGCACACUGGAAGGGAAGGGGUCAAUGGAGAAGAGUUCAAUUCCUAUCCCAACAAUCAUCGUUAAAGCCCCUUCCACCAGCAGCAGUGGUCGUAGUAGCCAAGGCAGCAGCACGGAGGCUGAACCGGCUACUCCAGGAGAGAGUGACAGUUCUAAACCCCAACCUGUUGUUCCCCCGCCUGCGCCCACCGUUCCACCACCAGCCCCUCCAUCUAGACCUGCUCCACCACCCCCAUCACUUCGUACACAAGAGAAUUUGGACUUUACCAGCCAGUUUGGUGCUGCCAUAGUAGGGGCAGCUCGCAGGGAUCGAGAAAGAUUCCAUGAAGCACGACGAAAGAGUGCCUCCUUUUUUCUUUCUGCUGAGGAAGAGUUGGGUGGAGCAGGAGAAGCGGGUGGACGGACGCAGACUUCCCAACAGCAGCUGAGUUCCCAGCCUUCACCACGCCUGCGACCAUCCAAAUCUAUAGAUGAAGGCAUGUUCUCAGGUGAUACUUUUAUCCACCACACACGCAGUAUGCCCCCUGCCUUUGGCCUGCCUGAGUACUCCUCACCUGCUCCUCCUGGGGAUUACCAGCCUAAGUCUGUACCUGCUGACUUCUAUGGGGCGGGGGGCCGACAACAACAACAACAGCAGCAGCAGCAGCAGCAAACCUCCACUACAACUUUCAUUCACCCAUUAACAGGGAAAGUUCUGGACCCUUCAUCCCCACUAGGGUUGGCAUUGGCAGCACGGGAGCGUGCUUUGAAAGAUGAUGGUCGCAUACGCAGAGAGAGGACCACUGAACAUCAUUUUACCCGUCAGUUGUCCAGCAUUGGGGCCUUUUCCUCAUCCACUGCACAACCAACAUCACACAUCUCCUAUUCAAUGGUCUCGUCUUCCUCUGCAACCUCCUCUGCUGCUCAGUCCUCAAGUUCCUCCUCAUACCUUGUUACCUCCUCAUCGUUAGCUGCCACCACCACAUCUACUCGGCCUCCAUCUCCCAGGAUCUUGCGUGGAGCAGGAAGCAGCUGGGGUGAGGAAGCAGGGGUUGGAGAGCGUGCAGAUAGGGAGGUUGCUGGUACCUCUGCUCCCAGAGAAGGCCUAAGGGUUCGUUUCUCUGAGGAUAAAACUGUCCACACUCACAACUAUCAGUCUCAGCACUAUCAGCCCACCUACAAGGAGCGUGAACGAGAGCGUCAGAGAGAGAGGUCACGAGAAAGAGAGAGGGAAAAAGAGAUAGAAAAAGCUCAGACCCAGUUACAGCAGCAGUCCACACAGUCAACAACCCAGCAGCCUCGUCGCCCCUCGUUCUUGAGGAUGGAGAGUGAGGCUGGUGCAUACAUCCUUUCCUUGACACCACCUACUCCAGCUCCAACAACAGCCCCUACACGUCCUUCAGCAGGAGCUGCAGGUGAAAGUGGCACAGGUCUGAUGGUUCUCCCUCCCCCAGCUCCCUCAGUGGAUGUAGAUGAUGAGUUUGUGUUUGCUGAUCCACUCCCUCCACCUCUGGAAUUUGCCAAUAGUUUUGAUCGUGGUUUGGGUUAUUCUGCAAUAUUGUCACACAAUGUGACAGCCCGCCAGCAGCUUCACCCUCCCCCACCACCUCCUCCCCCUCCAAAAGACUCCUUUAUGACUGGGUUCCCACCUCAUACGCCCCUGCCUUCACCACAGGCAGGAGAUUCCACAACUUCCAGCCUUACUUCCUACGACAGUGAGGUUGCCCACCUCACCCAGUCAGCCCCCUCUCCCUCUUCAUCUUCCCCCAACCCAAAACCCCCUCCCUCCCCCUCCACCUUGCAGCCUUCUGGGCCACCUCCACCUCCUUCUGUAUCACCUCCGCCUCCACCCACCUCCUACCAUAGACCAUUUGGCCUAUCUCAGUCACAGCACUUAUACAACAGUGCAAAUUCAGCUGGACGCUCCUCUUCUCCGACUCCACCUCCUCUCUCUAUUCCAGCUCCACCUGCCUACCGGGGUCCUUCAGCAGCAACAUCCACCCCAGCAACUUCUGUAAGUCUUAGAGGAGCCCCAACUGUGACUGCAAGCUGUUCCACAACUGCUACAACUGUCAUCUCUUCUACUACUUCGGCUGCUGCGGUCACACCACACACACGCUUAGCAACUGUAUCCACGGUAGCUACAGGGGGUAGCAGACGGCCCAGUGCAGAGCAUCAUCCACCACCCAGUGUCGCUGCAGCUAAGAGUGGCGAGUCCCAGGAGACAGUGGUAGAUUCUGGGAUUGAGGAGCUGGAUAGCCGAAGCAGCAGUGACCAUCACUUAGACAACAUCCUUGCACUCAGUGGUAGUGGGGUCAGAGAAAGGUUGGAGAGAGCAGGGAUGGGUAGCAUAGGUGGAGUUGGAGAGAGAGUUGGGUCAACAGAUGCUGACAGAAGUGGGACUGAAUUUUUAGAGUCUUACAUGAGCUAUCUUGAUGGACAGACUUUUGAAAUGCACAAUACCAAAGCUACAAGCACUGCAUCCACCUACCCAAAAACACAGAGGUACAGAGAAGGGAGUCAGGCUUGCGAUCUUCGACGCCAAACCAGCACAGCACCCCCUGCAUACCACCGUCGUAGGGAGGAGGAAGAGGAGGAGGAUGAAGUAGAAGAGGGAGAGGAAGAGGAUGUGAAUGCCCGUGAUGCCUUUGGAAUGAUUGAAGGGCCAGGGAUCGCUCGCUCCUCUGUAAUGUACUUUGACCGGCCCCGCACUCCAGAGAUAAAACCACUGUGGGGUGAUGGGUCAGCCGUACAGUCCGUAGGGGAGGGAGGGGUUCAGCCCGGUGGGACAUAUGUGGAGGCACGUAAACUACAUCCUCCCAUGUCCGGUAUGAAGGCAAGCAUCAUCAAUGAACUAAGCACCAAAUUACAACAGAGGAGCAAAGGAACAGAGAACUGGGGAGCUCAGAGAUCACUGAGCAGACAUAGACACAGGUACUCAGAGGACUCCACAGGUGCACUGAGUCCUCCUUCUGUCCGCUCUAGCUCCCCAUCUCCUGUUCAGCUCUCUCAGCCUGCCUUGUCUCCCUCCCCCACCCCUUCUUCCCAGCCACUCUACCCAAAUUGGGCUCGAUCUCCUUCACCUCAGCCCCCUGCUGCCUCAUCCCAGCCUCCUCCCCGAUCCCACUCACCUGUUUCACCCUCUUCAUAUUCACCGUACCCCACCUCACCCAAACACCGGCCCGUUUACCGCACCAAAGCCCUGGAGUUUCAGUUUAUCCCCAGCCGAGAUUCACGUAAGGCAGAGUCACAUCACGCUCAGCGCAGACGAGCACCCAGCCCAUUAAUUUCUCCCUCUGACCGCCCCAAGCUUGGCCCUCCCCGUCCCUCUUCCCUUCCCAUUCUCCCCACCACACCCCUCUACAGCAGCUUGUAUGACCUUCGUGGUUCUAUUACUCCACCCUCACCUGCCAAUCCUCUUGGGGACCCCUACUUCUCCCCCUCUCCCCCUCUCUUUGCCCCUUCAGGGGCUCCACCUCCUCCAAAUUCCUCUCUCGUGGUCUCUCGCUCCUUGUCUCCCACCCACUUCCUGUCAGGGACAUCAUCACCACCACUCCACCCCAUUCCUCCACCCACUUGCCUGAGUUAUCCACACCUUCCACCUCCUUCACCCACCAAACCCUUUGCCUCCAAACCACUCCCAUACUGGACCAAGUACGAUGUUGCGGAUUGGCUGGGCUACCUGAACCUGGGUGAGCACAGAGAGCGUUUCCUAGACAACGAGAUUGAUGGCACGCACCUGCCCUCUCUAACCAAGGACGACUACCUGGACUUGGGUGUGACCAGGGUUGGCCAUCGCAUGAACAUAGAGAGAGCACUCAGGAGAGUGAUGGACAGGCUGUCCUCUAGCCCUUUCCCCAUUUCUGCCCUCUCCUCUCGAGAUGAACGGACAGACAGAAGGAGAGAUGAGGCCAACCGGAGUUGAUUGGACAGGAAAGAAGAGACUCUCAAAAUAUAGAGGUGAUGAUGACUUCAGCGAACCUAUCAACGAUAUCAAGCCUACAUUUUAAAAGAGGAGACAAUAUAGAGACGAGGGAGAGGGAAAUCGAAACUGCCUGUAUUUCUUUCAAAGUCACUCUCCCUCUCUCCUUCCAAAAAACACUCUUUCUAUGGAGGCGAAGCAAGAUGAACAUGCACUCUGACAUGGGUGAGGGAUAUGUGCUAAUAUCUGUUUUAAUAUGAUGAUUGUUCCUGUAACAAUUUUUUAACUCUUAAGUGGGUCUGGAGUUCUGUUAUUGAUUUAAUAAGAGAUAAUUAUAUUUAUUGCAGUCACUGUUUUCAUCGUCCUUGCUGUUAUUGCUAUAAGCUGCAAUGUUUCUUGUUUGCUUUUGAGCAGAAACGCUAAACAGAUGUUUAUGUUUGACUUUUUUUUUUUUUUUUAUUUGUGAUCACAUGCAAAAGAUCAAUGUUCAGAUCUUUGGUACCUCUAGGAUUUAAAUUAGACAAUAGACACUCAUAUCUUACAGUGUCCCUCACCCUCCUGAUUUUCCUUCCAACACAAAAUUAAUGUCAUCAAUUUGUAUGCAAGGACUAUCAAGAAGUUUAUUGUCUGUGGCAGUAGAUAUACACUUUACAUUCAUAUUUCAUUACACAAAUCUAUAAGUAAAUCUAGUGACCUCCACCCCUCAUCUCCCACAUCACAAAUAGUUGCUCAAUCAAUUAAAAGGGCUCCUCAUCAUCACAUUGCACCUUUAAUGAGCCAUUCCUCUUCUGUUCCUUUCAUCUGCUGUCACCUUGAGUCCAAACCACCAAUGCCUUCACCUUAAUUUUAACUUUCUGUCUAUGUCACUUUCAGGACCAUCAAGACCAUUCUCCCUCUUCAUUUCCCUCUGCCCAUCUUGCAUCCAUUUGUCCUCUCACAAUUAGUGUGGGAUUCAUUGCAUUAUUGAUCACCCAUAUUGGACAAAAAGAAGAACUUUUAUUUUUGAUGUUUAAGACUGGUAAGUAUAGUAAUGUUGAUAACAGUAAGGACAAUGAAAGAUAUUAUGAUUCUGAGAUGGAAAAAAGGAUUCCAAGUUUUAAAGAAUCUCUGUCUUCCAAAUGUUUAACAUGAGUUUAACGUGUAAUUGAAUCAUGCUUUCUACACAUCCUGUGUUCCCUGUUGUCUCAUCUUUCCACAGUCAAAUUCAUUAAACCAAAUUGCUUCAAUAGCUGCGAGUGUACCUUGAUGAAUGGUUAAUAUUCUCAGUUUCCAAUAUUGUCCACUAGGUGGAGUAAAAGUCACACUUCUCACAACCCUGACAGUUUCAGUCGAAUAGCUGAAUGAAGGACUGGACCAUGCAAAGGACAAAAAAACAAAAAAAAAACAAAAACGGCCAUAUUUCAGCCUUUGUUCAGUCCUCAAGCUCUGCAUUUAAGAUUGUCAAUAUCACAGGUUCUAAUAAUAGAACAGUAUUCAGUCAUGCUUUCUUGCUGCAGAAAUAUGCAGAAUCAUGCUGAGGAUACAUACAUAUUGAAGAUCACAUAGCCAUUAAAGGGUCUGGGCAGUGUGACCUAGGACAAGGUCAUGAAUCACACACAGGGGCAACUGAUGCAGUAGCUGUCCAGGGUGUGCAGAAAGCAUCUUUUUUUUUUAUUAUUGAAGAAAAUUAACUAUGAACAGAUAAGAGGUUAUUUACAGAAUGUAUGUGUGUAUGCAAUUAUACAUAUUCAUAUACACAUAUGAAAUACAAA